UACUCACAUUGUCUAAUCAUGGGCGAUUUUAACGUACCCUCAAUUGUCUCAGCGACUUCUAGCGGUCCUUACUUCAAAUCAAAGAUUCUCGAGUUUAUGGAUACAGCAGCUCUGUACAACCACGUGCACCGACCAACUAGACACCGCGGUUCAAAUAAGCCAUCGCUUCUAGAUUUAAUCCUAACCAACGAAGAGUUGAUGAUUGAGACAAUUUCAUACGAUCCACCAUUAGGCAACAGUGAUCACUCAGUGUUGAAUUUUGCCUAUGUGUGUUACGCCAAUACUACUGAAAUCAGACAUGAAAACCGACGAACUAUAACCAACUAUUCCGUGCUGCACAGCCUAGCGACAACCGUCAACUGGGACCUCAAUCUAGAGAGCACGGCAGACGACGCGUGGAACGAACUAAAAGACAAAAUUAGCGGUGUCACGCAAGCAGCGUCAAAAGUCAUACCAUUACGAGUGCCGCGCCGGACCAACACCUGGAUCCGAAGCAGAACGCGUAAAUGGAUUAGCACCAGAGACGAGAUCUGGAGACAAUACGCGCUGAACCAUUGCGACGCCACCUGGGAGAAUUACAAAAUAGUGAGGAACUAUUGCACAUCACUGAUUAGAGCCGAUAAGUACGAAUGGCAAAAAAACAUGGUACUUAAAUUCACGAACAAUACAAAACUGCUGUACAGGUACGUGAACAGCAGAAGAAAAGUUAAAACAGGAAUACCACCACUCAAGACGGAUGGUGGCCUAACGACUACUGCUGUGGAUGCUGCGAACGCAUUACUUCUGCAGUUUGGCACAGUGACUGCAAACGCCAUAGAACCUUUGCCAAACCAGCAUUCACCCAACGUGGUCGGCAUAUCAACUGUCACUUUUACCUCAGCAGCUGUCGCUAGCAAACUACGGUCUCUAAGAGAAAAUAGCGCUCCGGGAGUCGACAAGAUCAGACCCAAAGUUCUUAAAACUCUUGCUCCCACCAUAGCAGCACACCUCGCAAGCUUUUUCCAAAGUCUACUCAAUUCCCAAACACUUCCGUCUGAGUGGAAAAGCGGGAUAGUCACUCCGAUAUACAAAGGAGGUAAGCGAUCGGAUCCUGCCAACUACCGACCCAUUACUCUCCUCCCUGUGUUAUCAAAAGUAAUGGAAUCGUUAGUUGCAGAUGAAAUUACACGAUAUUUUGAGAGUCUGAAGCUAAUUUCUCACCUCCAACACGGCUUUAGGCGCAAACGAUCUUGCCUCACAAAUCUGCUUCUUGCUCGGGAUUCAUGGACCAAAGCACUUGAUGAAGGAUCUCCCCUUGAUGUGAUUUACCUAGACUUUUCGAAGGCAUUCGACAGAGUCAAUCACUUAGCUCUGCUUCAUAAGCUUCGUGCCUACGGUAUCCAUGGUUCCCUACUCACCUGGCUAGCAGCAUAUUUGCAUGACAGAACGAUCAAGGUCAGAGUCGCCGAUGCCCUCUCGGAAACCCUCUGCAUCUCCAGCGGUGUUCCUCAAGGAUCCGUCCUUGGUCCCCUCCUUUUUCUGGUCUACAUUAACGACCUCCCGGAUAAUAUUCAAUCCUCGAUGCAAAUUUUUGCAGAUGACGCAAAAAUCUGGAGAGUUAUUCGCUCAACAUCAGACUGUGUCCUCCUCCAGAAUGAUUUGGAUAGAAUCAACAAAUGGGCAGAUAUAAAUCAUCUCCCACUGAAUCCUGCCAAGUGUCACCUACUGUCAUUGCGCAGCAAUCUUGCCAACACGUACCUCUUGGGGCAGUACGCUUUACGGCGCGUGACCACAGAAAAAGACUUAGGUAUCAUUGUGCAAGAAAGUCUGGGGAAUUCGCUCCAAUGUUCCAAAGCAGCGAACGUGGCGAACAUGAACCUGAGACUUUUGAGGCGAGCUUUUGGUGUUUUUGAACGACGGCUGGUACCCAUGCUUGUCAACUCCUAUAUCCGUCCCCACGUCGAAUAUGCCGUCCAGGCUUGGUGCCCAUGGUUAAAACGAGACAUUCAUCUCUUAGAGCAGCCCCAACGAAGAGCUACCAAGGCAACACGCGGAUUAUCUGGUCUCAAUUAUGAAGUGCGUCUCAGUUUAAUCGGAAUGUUUUCCUCCGAAUACCGACGACUACGCGGAGAUCUCAUUCUCGCAUACCGGAUAUUAACGGAAAGCGAUCACCCGUGCAAAUCGCUGCUCACCCUAGCCUCAUAUAAGCGAUCGAGAGGUCAUAACCUCAAGCUGAUAAUCCAACACUCCCGAUUAGACUGCAGAAAAUAUUUUUACUCUCUUAGAAUCUGUUCACAAUGGAAUGACUUGCCAACGCAUGUGGUAAACGCUCCGAACAUUACAGCCUUCAAACAAUUGUUAGACAUUCAUUUGAGUGACAAACAACACAUUGUG